GUCACCUUACCGCAUCAUUUCCAAUGACCACCACGACCACUCUCUUUCAACAUCAUCGCCAACUAACCCACCACCCACAGCAAUCACGACCCGGCCACUCACGCAAAUCGAACAUGACCAACGGAGUCAUCACUCACGCCUACGAAUAAAACUUUUGCUUUUAUCAAUUUCCCCCUGUGGCCUUUCCUUGUUCCUUUCCCUUCACAAUGGAAGGCGCGACCGGCGAAAUGUCGACCUUUUCCUCUCCUCUUUCCUCCGUCCGCUCUUCCGAGCUCUCUUCUCCUCUCUCCAGCAUGGCCUCGAGAUCUCCUACACCUCCUGUCGAUUAUCCCUCGCCGCCACUUAGUAACGAGGACUCUGUAAUGUCGCCCGCGCGCGACUCUGACAACGCGCCCGAACGCGAAGGACCGCCUCCAGCAAAAAGGAGGAAGAUUGCUACGCUACCAAAGGAUGAAAAAACACAAUACUUGGAUUUGAUUGAUUUGGGAGACAGCGACGACGAUUCACACCACAAGUCCCAGGAUGCGAAACUAGAGAAGCUCAUGCAGGUGUUGCGCACCAAGCGGAAGAUUGUUGUGAUUGCAGGUGCUGGCAUCUCCGUCUCUGCUGGAAGUGCGUAUUUUGGACCCGAUUUUUGCAUUCACUCAGCUAACCUUUCCUAGUCCCCGACUUCCGUUCCUCAACAGGUCUCUUUACCACGCUUCGCAGCCAACAUAAAUUAAAGUCUUCCGGAAAACAUCUAUUCGACGCUUCUGUAUACCGAGAUGACUCGUCCACCAGCUCCUUUCACGACAUGGUUCGGGAGCUGUCUCAUUUAACCAAGAAUGCUUCACCCACCCCAUUUCAUCAUCUGCUUGCGACCCUUGCCGAGGAAGGUCGUCUCAUGCGACUGUACACCCAAAAUGUAGAUGGUAUAGAUACAGCCCUUGAGCCUCUCGCAACAAACGUUCCUCUCAAUUCCAAAGGCCCUUGGCCAAAAACUGUCCAACUCCAUGGGGGCUUGGAGAAAAUGGUGUGCACCAAGUGCGGCAAAUUAUCGGACUUUGAUGGUGCGCUUUUCGAGGGUCCCGAAACGCCGAGCUGUAAGGAAUGUGAAGAGACAGAUGCUAUUAGGAUGGCCGGGGGACUGAGAAGUCACGGAAUUGGCCGGUUACGACCAAGAAUGGUUCUUUAUAACGAGUUCAAUCCAGACGAGGAGGCAAUUGGUGCCGUCAGCCACGCAGAUAUCAAAACUCGUCCCGAUGCUGUACUUGUGGUUGGUACAAGUCUGAAGGUACCAGGAAUCCGACGAUUGGCACGUGAAUUGUGUAAUACAACCAGAGACCGACGAGGCGGUUUUACUGCAUGGAUUAAUGUUGACCCAGAACCUAUGGGUAAUGAUAUGAAGGAUUGCUGGGACAUGGUUGUUCGAGCAAGAUGUGAUGAUGUUGCACAAUACGUUGGACUUCCACACUGGAACGACAAGAACUGUGGAGAUUACAAGAUUCCUGAAGGAGGAAUGGUUCAUGCUGGUGGUGUUAGUGUGGUUCUUGAGUCGAAACCUGCAACCAUUGUCAAAAACCGAGGUAUCUUGACACCAUCUGACAGUCCUCGACACCAGAGUCCAACACCAUACAAGGACAUGCCAAAGCUGAAACAGCCUCAAUUAUCAUUUGCUGCCGCUUCUGUCACUCCCGCAAACCCUGUUAAACUCACCAAGGCCGGAAAACCAAAAGAGAAGCCCGGUCCAAAGCCCGGCUUGAAAGCUUCGAAGUCUGUAUCAAAACCAGCACGCAAACCCAAAACCGGAGCGGUCAGAAAAGCUCUACCAGGUACGAAACCACGCAAGAACGCACUCACAUCUGCUUUCACAGCGACCAAGACCGAAUUAUCAAUUGGCAAACUACCAAAAUCGGAAUUUGGUGCCCCUCCGAGUACACCAAUGCAACCUGUCUCACCCAGCGACCCCCGAACGAACAGUGAUACAUUUGCGAGAUCAUCGCAGGUCGCCGUUGAGAUAUCGGUUACGUAUGAUCGUCAUGAGACUGUAUCACCUAAGGGAAGACUGCCUAACGGGAUGGCGAAUUUACUUUCUUAGGUUGGAAUAUAGGGGAUGCUUUGUUUUGUCUCCAUUUUUUAUUUUCGCAUCAUAGCGAGGAGUUUAUUGGUGGGGAGGUUUGUCUUACAAUACAGGGGAAUGCUUUACGCGUGGGUGAAAAGUCAUCGAUGAAUGGGAUGUAUACAUCGUGGUAUAUCAUAGAACCGGAGUUUGGUUGUGUUUUGAUAGAGGGGGGAUGGAUGGUGUUUUUUUUCCUUGGGGGGGUUCAGGGUGAACCUGAUGGUGAUUGAUGGGUUGUUUCGGAAUCGACGAUGAUCUUGUAUACCUAUCCCUUCUGGUGCCUGGGAGCCGGACGUCUUCGAGGAAGGAGAGGAGUGGUCGAGGCGGUCGUCCAGGAUGUUGAUUUCGAAUUUUAGGAGGCGCGAAACGCAGGGCUAGCUAGUCAGGGUGUACUGUACAGUAAUGGUGUUUUCUCAAGAAAGAAUCGAGUUGAGUUGAGACCUGUCCUGUGGUGUUACUUUUACUUUCCUAACUAGGGAAUGGGUCGAAUUGCACUUAACUAAACUGGAUGGGGGAUUUGUACUACUUACUGAUUGAUGCAUGGGAAAAGUUAAGUUCUUGGGGGAGAGGGAGAGGCGGGGGUUCUUGUACAUAAAUAAUAUAGACCUCUUGCAUACAAUACAGUAUUCAUUCAGA